CGGGCAGUCAACUGUCACCGCAACAGACCGGCGUCCUGCUCCACGCUCCUCUCCUCUCCUCUCCCGCGCGCACCGCAGAUCAUUAAUUCUUCUCAUAAUUAAAAGGUAGACAUGUGGGGAAAGCUGUAGAAGCAUUUGAUUGAUUUUAUAAUGGGUUUUAUAUCCUUGGAUCUGAAAAAAAAAGUUUUUAUUGACGCUGCGUUAAAUAGGAGCGCAAAAAGCUGGGAGUCAUUCUCGGUGGAAGGACUUCUCUGAGAAAGACGUCUGUGAUUCUCCUCAGCAUCUUAUUGUUUCACUCGGGCUGCAGUGUCAAGUCUGUUGAAGUGAGAGAUCUGCCUGCGAGAGGAAGAUAUGAGGUUAAUUGGCUCCAUUUGGAUCCUUUGGUUUCUCCUGGUGCGCAGGACGGCGGAAGGCACUGACUCAACCUCAGACCCAUCGCUCAGUCCUCAGCAGAGCAUUAUAGAGGGACAAAGUGUGCAGGCGCUGAGCCAGGGUCAAUACAAAUGUCUCGAGCUGUCCCGCACAGGCCGCCAAGAAAACAGAACUGGGGUGCGCUGUGAUUACAUGUGGGAUGGUUUGUUGUGCUGGGAUGAGACACCAGCCGGGACAUCAGUAACACAAAAUUGUCCGCAUCAUCCUCAACUCGACCCGACUGAAAAAAUGACCAAAUAUUGUGAUGAAUCAGGUAACUGGAUCCAGACUGGCUCUACCUGUCAACAAACUUUAAAGGACAAAUUAGAGAAGGAAAUCCCUGAUUUUCAAAGGGACGCAGCAGCAGAGCCAACCACGGAGGCUCCAGGGGUUAGCACAGAGAAAAUUAUCCUUGAGAAUGAAAAGAAAUGCCAAGAGAAAAUGAAGAAUGAUCCACCUUAUAGAAAAUCAGGGCGGUAUUGCAGUCGUACCUGGGAUGGGUGGUUGUGUUGGGAUGACACUCCAGCGGACACGUACGCCUCCCGAAACUGCCCCGAUUAUUUCGGUGACUUCGACCCCACAGAAAAGGCAACUAAGUACUGUGGAGCAGAUGGGAAGUGGUUUCAACAUCCAGACAGCAACAGGACUUGGACCAACUAUACGCUCUGUGCAACCACCCAUGAGAAAAGGCAGAGGAAACUGAAGUUGCUUGAGAAUGAAUACAGAUGUCUCCUCAAAAUAAAACAAGAGCCACCGUCUACAAAAACAGGACUGUACUGCAACCGUGACUGGGAUGGCUGGUUGUGCUGGAACGACACUCCGGCAGGAACCACGGUCUCUCAGAGCUGCCCUGAUUAUUUUUCUGACCUCGACCCCACUGAAAGGGCAUCCAGGUACUGCAGAGAGGAUGGGCAGUGGUUUCGCCACCCAGAGAGCAACAAGACAUGGACCAACUAUACACUCUGUGCCAUCAACACUAAAGACAGGUUAAAGGCAGCCGCCCAGUUUUCCAGGGAGACUGAGGUCAACAGUGCCGACGAGGCCACGGUCAGUCCCACGGCUAAUCGGGAGCAGCAGGAAAUAAGGAGGAAAAAAAUCCUCGACAACCAGUAUAAAUGCUUCGAGAAAAUGAAUCGAGAUCCGCCUUAUAACAAGUCAGGUUUGUACUGCAGUCGCAACUGGGAUGGCUGGCUGUGCUGGGACGACACUCCAGCGGGAACUUACACUUUCCAAAACUGCCCUAAUUAUUUUCAUGACUUCGACCCUACAGAAAAAGCAACAAAGUAUUGUGGAGAGGACGGGCAGUGGUUUCGUCACCCGGACACCAACAGAACUUGGUCUAACUACACACUCUGCAAUGAAAACACCAAUGCCAAGCUGAAGUCCGCCUACAUCCUGUUUUACAUGGCCAUCGUGGGCCAUGCUUUAUCCAUAGCCUCCCUGCUUAUCUCUCUGGCCAUCUUCUUCUACUUCAGGAGUCUGAGCUGCCAAAGGAUCACCCUCCACAAGAACCUCUUCUGCUCUUUUGUGCUCAAUUCUGCCCUUACCCUCAUCCACCUCAUCGCCGUUGUCAACAAUCCUGAAGUGGUGGCCAGAAAUCCGGUUGGCUGUAAGGUGUUGCAGUUCUUUCACAUGUACAUGUUGGGCUGUAAUUACUUCUGGAUGCUCUGUGAAGGCAUCUACCUGCACACGCUCAUCGUGGUGGCGGUGUUUGCAGAGGAGCAGCACCUGCACUGGUACUACCUCCUGGGCUGGGGUUUUCCUCUAGUGCCUGUAUCCAUCCACGCCGUGGCAAGGAAAAAGUAUUUUGACGACAACUGUUGGAUGAGUGUGGAGACCCAUCUGCUCUACGCCAUCCACGGCCCUAUAGUGGCAGCACUUCUUGUCAAUCUCUUUUUCCUGCUAAAUAUUAUCAGAGUUUUGGUUACCAAGCUGCGAGAUACGCACCGGGCAGAGUCCAACAUGUACAUGAAGGCAGUGAGAGCCACCCUGAUCCUGGUUCCCCUGCUGGGAAUACAGUUUGUCAUCAUUCCCUGGAGGCCGGAGAACCGGCUGGCUGGUGAAGUCUACGAGUACAUAAUGCACAUACUCAUGCAUUACCAGGGUUUGCUGGUAUCAACCAUAUUCUGCUUCUUCAAUGGGGAGGUGCAGGCAGCUGUGAAGAGACAGUGGAUGCAGUAUAAGACCCAGUGGGGUCAGAGACGAAAGGACCACUGCUCGAUGCGCUCCACGUCCUACACAGCCACCUCCAUCACCGAGGUACCCGCCUUUAUGUACCAUCACGACUGUAACACCGAACACUUGAACGGGCGCCACACGGAGGACUCUGAGCUGGUGGCGCUAAAGUCGGGAGACACGUACGCUUGAGUAACGCCGAGGAUAAAAUGUGUAGCGGUGGAAAAAGCCGAGGACGAGCAACAAAGUAAAUGUACAGCAAAAAGAAGAAAAUGAAUUCAGUUCACCUGCCAUAUCUCAGCGAUUAAAUCUCCGAGGCUAAUGCCGGUUUGCUCAGCUCAGGAGGAUGAUAGAGGCCUGAAAACAAAAAGCUCAUUGACGUGGAUUAGCUACAAGGCUGACACUUUACUUUACAUUGCUGUUGCAGCUGCUUUUUCAGAACUUUGAUGUUGAGAACUUGUGACGUAAGGAGAGCUGCUUUUGACAUGUGUCGACUUCCUAAAGCUGCUAAACUGCGUGUGCACGCUCGCAGUGAUGGAGGCUUGCACUAGUGUGGAAAUAACUGUGACUGUGGGGGCAGAGAGGGUAGCAAAGUUUUCUUUCUUUUCCUGACGGUGCUGAAGGUGACAGCGACGAUGUAGAGGUGAAUAAUGACUGCGAUGGUGUUGAUGAUGACUAUCGAAGCGAAGUAGACGAACCAAUCAUUCCUAACCUCACCUAUACCAAAGGGUACUGUUUGGUGGUCACGACCGCGGGGGGGCUAUGUCCAGCUAAGCACAGGUGCCAUAAAGCAAAAGACACGGACGCAAACACACACGCAAACGUCAGCAAACCUCAUAGACCUGAUCAAAUGUGCCAUGAAAGAGGUCAACUUUCAGAAGACCCUCUGCGCUCCAACCUCUGGAAUUGUGUACAUAAUGUAUGUUCACCAUGUUUCAUUUAAAAAAAGUGUUUUAAAUGUUUUAAAAAGAUUUUUGUUUUCCCCCCCGCCCACACUUUCUAUCAAUGUUUUAUUCUUGCCGAUUCCCUAGUACGUGCUCAGUAAAUGUCCCGUGAUGCUGCAUUCCUGACUGCUUUGUUGUUAUGCAGUUGCUGUAUUUGUGCCGAUGCUGAAGCUCACAGGGCUGUGACGCAAAAAUGCACACACACGAAGUACUUCAAAACUAAAAAUAAAACCGUUCUGUUGAGGCUGAAGAGCCACCGGAGUUGA